AUGGAAGUAGAUGAUGAGCUUACUGGUGCUGUCAGUCUGCCUGGAGCUGCGAAUCAUAGAGAGAAGAGUGUUGACGUCGACAUUGAUGCAAAUAUUUUUCUGGUAGAUGAAACAUCAUCGGAUGAUUCAGAUGAAAUUGCUGUGUUUGACAGCCGUGAUUUGAGUCUGUUAAGUAAUGAAAGAAAAAUGUUAUGUGAGGAGAGGAUGUGUAAUCUAUAUAAAACAUUUCGCUACAGCGGACCAGAAUAUAAAAUACGGAGAACUGUUUAUGGGUUUUCAACAUUAGACAUUGAUUUCUUUGAUCAUAUUCAAGAAAAAAUCACUCUUGAUUUCGAUGAAGAAAAGAUCUCCAAAGCUAUCACUGCAUUUCAUAAUGAUAAAUUAGGAAUAAAAGAAGGCGCUGCUAAAAUGAACAUAUCAACAUUCGAUUUUAUUGUUCUUUUAACAGAUCAUAUUUGGAAAGAACGUGAUAAAACAGUGGAGAAGUACAGUAUAUCUCGGGUUGCUGGUUACAUUGGUGUUGACCGCGCUCAAAUGCUUAUUCUCGGCAGUUUGAUAAAUAGUAAUGUUACUUUAGCACCUUCAGAAAUAGCUAUUAAAAUUCUUUCUGAUCCAGUUGAAGUAAUUGUGAUGUUGACAAUGUUAUUGGCGCAAAUGUAUGGUUGGCCUGUUGCUGAAGACUUCAGUCAGAACUGGAAAUAUAUUGAAACAUCGUUUGUACCAUCGGAUGAAGAAGCCAUACAAUCUAUGGAUGAUUUUGUAACUGUCGUACGCGAAGUAUUGGAAGAUUUCAAAAAUGCCUGUACAAGUCCACCACGCCGAUGUGUAAAUGAUGAUUGUGCUAAUGAUUUAGUGAUGAUGUCAAACGAAUUGACAAAAUAUACUAGCAAUCUUCUCACUGAAUUGCAGAAUUCGUCUGCACAAAGUGAAAAACAACUGUUAGCUAAUGAGCAGCGUGAAAAUAUGGCGGAAAAAUCGAUGAUGGUUUCGCAAAAGAAUAAUCAGAAUGUUCCGGCUGCAACUAGUGAAGAAGUUAGUGUUGUCAACGUGACUCACAAUGAAAGUAUAGGAAGAAAUUACGUCUUUACCAGUGACUUUGUCAAUAUCAGUGAUAUUCCGAACGGGUCUUUUUGUUUAGCUCGUCAGCAAAAAGCAUAUAAUUUUGUUCGUUGCCAAGUCGUUGAAAAGGUGUCUCCUCGUGAAUACAACGUAUUGUUUGGUGACGGUAAUGAGGAAAUAGUUGAUAUAUCACGUAUUGCACGUAAAAUUGACGAUCCUUUACAUAUGUGGGAAGGUGUACGCGUAUGUGCUUUAUAUGAGCCAAAACUUCGGUUUAGUCGAUAUCGGAAGGCAUUUUAUUCGGGAAUAGUGGGUGUAGGACCUCAUGGAUUUUCACAAAAUGAAAUGUUGGUAUUUUUUGAUAAUGGCAUUGACAGUUUCGUUCAUGAACGCACAGUCUAUAUUCUUGCAGAACAGAAGUGUAAGCUUUACAAUGGCAAAGAAGAAAUAGAUCGUCGCAACAAUUGGUGCCUAGUACCACAAUUUCGACAAAAGUUUGUUAAACACUAUUUGAAGAGUUUUCCGGAUUGGCCACUUGUUCCGAUGAAGCGUAAGGAAAAUACGCAGCGUGUAAACAUUCUUAGGGAAGGUAAACCCCAUUCUGCAUAUGUUUUGCGAACCGAAAGGCAAUUUGCAUUAUUGCGUUUUCCAAUUCGUGGCAAAUGUGGUUCAGACUGUGUGGUAACUCCAUGCAAUCGUCAUAAUCAUAUAGAUGAAUGGAUUUAUCGCGGCUCAGAAAGAUUAGAAGCAAUCCGUCAAACAAUUGAUAGACUGGAGAAAAUCGAGCAACAGGAACAGAUGGGAAUUUCGAUGGCUCCACUGCGUUCCAGACGGGAAGCACGAUUGGCUCAUAAUUUGGAAUAUACAGUUUCACUACCUGAACAAAGUAGCUCAAAUAAGAAUUUAAGUAAGGAGAUGGAUCUUUGUCCACGUGGUCGAGCUUUAUUGAGUGACAAUGAACCGAAUUAUCCGAGACCUCAGACAGCUCGAAAAGGAGGAAUAUCAGUCGUGCAGAAUGAUUGUCAAGAUUAUCCAAUUACUGAAGGAAGAUUACCUCGCUUACGCAAAGAGAAGAACCUUAUAAUACAAGAUAUACCUGAAUGGAAUAAUUUGCAACAAGUCGUUCACUCGCGAUGUACGAUUAAAUGUUUACAGUGUCUUGACAGAGAUCCAUAUGAUAAAGAAUUUUAUGGAUAUUCUCCUUACAUGAUUCCUCUAUUGGUGGGUUGGUCACGUGAGAUUGUAACGUUCACGAGAAAGGUUAAAGUAGCCCACAAUCGUCAAGCGACUGGUUCAGCUGUGGUUUAUCGUACACCAUGUGGAAUCUCUAUUUAUAAACUGGAUCACAUUACGAAAUAUUUGAAAGAUACAUCUAGUCGCUUAACCAUUGAUUUGUUCACAUUUGAUCGAACAAUUCGUCCGAAUGUAAUUUAUCGAACACCCGUUAAAGCUAAACUAAUGGAUGACUUCACGAAUGGUUGUGAAGCCAUCCCAAUUCCUGUUUAUAAUGAAAUUGAUGAUGAUUUACCACCAAAAAUUGAAUAUAAUCCACAACGAUAUCCAUACGAUAGGUCGACAGACAUAUCAUCUAUAUCACUUGAUUUUUGCAGCGGUUGCACUUGUACUGAUGAUUGUGUUGAUGAGACCAGGUGUGAAUGCCGUUUAUUAACCCGUUCAGAAGUAUUACGUCUGGAUAAAAGUCUUCAGCCUUCACAUGCCAAAGGAUAUAUGUAUCGUAAUUUGGCACUUGGAGGUACCGAUGAGUCAUAUUUAUCUGGUUUAUAUGAAUGUAAUGACAAGUGUAGAUGCAGUCGGAGUAAAUGUCAUAAUCGAGUGGUGCAACAACAAAUGAAAAUUCCUGUUGAGUUGUUUAAAACAGAAAAAAUGGGUUGGGGUAUUCGAUCGAUGAUUGAUAUUCCAGCAGGCGUUUUCUUAUGCACUUACGCUGGUGCUAUUCUUACAGAUAGCCAAGCAGAAAAGGAAGGAAAAGCAUUUGGUGAUGAAUAUUUUGCUGAUGUAAAUUUGGUGGAUAACGUUGAAAAUGAAAAGCAUAAUGCUGGUGUGGAUUUGGGAGAUUCAAAUGACGGUUAUUAUUCAGACGACGAAAAUAAUUGUGGUGAUGGUGGAGCUAAUUUAUCAGCCGAAGGAGAACUGAUUACAAGUGAUCAAGAUUCAUGUAAGGAAGACGACAAUUAUGAUAGUGGUCAGGAUUCGUCAUUCUCUUCAGAAGGAAGUCAUUCGGAAAGCAAAGCUGCUAAAACUCAGAAACAUCGAAGACUUGCACAAGAAAGUAAUGAUGAAGAACAGGAUCUUUCAACAAGGGAAUUAGAAAAGAAUGAAUUAGCAGCAGCAGAUUUGGAUUAUGCUCGUUCAUCACUUGUUAUGGUGGAACCAGAUGUCUUUACAAGUGGAACGAAAUUAGACAGUGAUGAUAUGCCAGCAGUUGAACCAGCAGGUCCACCGGAAGGUCGUUUCGAUAUGUUAAAAUAUGUUGAAAACAUGGAGCUUCCAUCACUAUACACAAUUGAUGCUAAGAAAAAGGGUAACAUUGGACGAUUUUUUAAUCAUAGUUGUCAACCGAACAUUCGUUCCCAGUUGGUAUAUGUUGACACUCAUGAUUUUCGUCUACCUUGGAUUGCAUUUUUCACGACAACAAAGAUUUCUGCCGGUUCAGAACUUUUUUGGGAUUACGGUUAUUUGGAAGGUGCCGUAGAUGGAAAGCGACUUGAAUGCUUUUGCGGUUCACGUUUUUGUCGCAAGCGACUUCUCUAA